AAGAAGGACGUCUACAUAUUGAGUGACGAGCCAGAGCGCAGUCGUUGUAUCGCCGCGUGUUAUAAUAGUCUUUCUACGAUGACAACGGAAUCCGAGGAAGAUUUAAAUUACGCCAUUGGUUGGAAUCGUUUUAACUUGUCGGUGUUAGGAGUUUGGCCUGAACCAUCGAAGACGACGUUUCUUUGGCGAUUAACGUCAGCUAGUAUAUUUUGGACGAGCACUACCGUGACCCUUCUAUUCAUAAAUGCACCACAAAUGGCAGAUCUGAUUUUGAAUUCAAACAGUCUAGACGAAGCCAUAGAAAAUUUAUCUAUCAACAUACCAAUCGCUUUCGCUGUGAUUAAGCAAAUCGUUUUGUGGUAUCAUGGAAAAGCAUUGAAAUCAUUACUCGUCGAGGUAGUUAAUGACUGGAAUCAAAUGCAACAAGACUCAGAACGUUCGUUGAUGUUGAAAACUGCUAAAUUGAGUCGAACCAUAUCUCUCUUUUGUUCUACUUUAUCGUACUUAAUGGUGAUCACCUUCAUAUCGCUUCAAAUUUAUGCGAAUAUGGCUAGUGCCUCUGAAGUCGAUCUAGGAGGACUUUUGCAUCCAGCGAUCUUUCCAUAUGACACCAAGAAAAGUCCUUAUUUUGAGAUCACUUGGUUGGGACAAUUCAUGGGAACGAUUCUAACGGCCAUCUGUUAUUCCUGCUUCGAUACUUUUCACGCAGUCUUUGUUUUGCAUUUGUGUGGACAACUGUCGGUUUUGCGAUCGAAUAUACGACAAUUGGCGGAAAUAGCGAAGCGUGACGUCGGUAUGUUUCAAAAUAGACUCGGCUACAUUGUAAACAAGCACGAACAACUCUACAAAUUCGCCAUAAUAGUCGAGGAUUGUUUCAAUCUUACUCUACUAGGGCAAACUUUGAUUUCUUCGGCUAUGUUCUGCAUGACAGGUUAUCGUAUGAUCACGUCGAUGAGCGCUCAAGAAGAAGAAUUGCCGAUAGCAGGAUUGAUAUUUUACAUUACGUUUUACAUAUACACGAUGUUGCAUUUAUAUAUAUAUUGUUACGUUGGUGAAACUCUACUGGUCGAGAGCACUGGAAUAGCUUUCUCCGCUUACGACUGCGAAUGGUAUGACUUGCCUCCAAAAAAGGCUAUCUGCUUGCUGACAGUAAUUUGUCGCGCAAGAAUAGCAUUUCAAAUCACUGCUGGAAAAUUUUGUCCAUUUUCGUUAGAACUGUUUGGCGCUAUCAUUAAAACAUCCGCCGGAUACUUAUCGGUAUUACUGGCUAUGAAAAAUAGUCCAAUAGAAGAGUAAUAAAAUAUACGUUAUUUAUAAUGAACAAUCGAUCGACGAAUUUGAAAGACAUUAAAAAUCGGUCGUUUGUUACAUCUACCAAGACAUUAGGUCAAAGCGAAGAUGACCUACCGAGCACUAAAUUGUUUUCCUUACUACCAUUAGUGAUUGGUACUAUGCGGUAUACAUCUGUAAAUUUACUGUUACGUGAAUGAAAUACUAAUUGAUUAAGUAAAGGUAAAUUGUCAAGAAGAUAUUUUGAUUAGUGAAUCGCCGUACGAAUGUCAAUGGUGCUACUUAACAUCCAAACAUGUAAAGGAUCUCUUCUUCGUGAUGUACCGAUCAAUAAUACCAUAUCGUUCGACAGCAACGUCCUAACCUAAUU